CCUGACUGGCAGCCCGCUCCGGCCACCCACAUCAACAACACCAGCUGCAACCCCAAAUAUGCCUGCCUGAUCACUCAGUUCUUCCCUCUUCGAUCAUAUCUCCUGGGCAAUUAAUCUCUCGAGAGAGCUUGGCGCACGCAAGGAGCUGAGCGCGCAGGAAGGGCUCGAGAUCCAGCUAGCUAGCUAGCUCGGGAAAGAUCGAGCCAUGGGGAGGGCGCCGUGCUGCGACAAGGCGAACGUGAAGAAAGGGCCGUGGUCGCCGGAGGAGGACGCCAAGCUCAAGGCCUACAUCGAGGAGCACGGCACCGGCGGCAACUGGAUCGCGCUGCCGCAGAAGAUUGGGCUGAAGAGAUGCGGGAAAAGCUGCAGGCUGAGAUGGCUCAACUAUCUAAGGCCAAACAUUAAGCAUGGUGACUUCACAGAAGAAGAAGAGCAUAUCAUUUGCAGCCUCUACAUUAGCAUUGGGAGCAGGUGGUCGAUCAUCGCGGCGCAGUUGCCGGGAAGGACGGACAACGACAUCAAGAACUACUGGAACACCAAGCUGAAGAAGAAGCUCCUCGGCAAGCAAGCGCCGUCGCGCCGCGCGAGGGCAAAUCAAGAUCCCUACCUGGCCACUGCAGCGGGCGGCAACAUGUGCAGCACCAGCGGUGUCAACAGCAGCAGCAGCGCCGCCACGGCCACGCAAGCCCUAAGCGCGCCGGCUCUCGAGCGCAUCCAGCUCCACAUGCGCCUUCAGGGCCUCUACGGCGCGUUCGGCUGCGCCAGCAACGACAACGCCCCGGCCACCACGCUGCAGUGGCCGAAGCUUGAGACGCUGCUGACGAGCAAACUGCUCCCGGCGACGCAGCCGGUGGACGCCGUUGCCACGACCGUCAGCGUGCAACAACCCCAGCAUUUGAUCGAGCAGAGCCUCGCCGCCGGCGUGGCAGCCGAAGCCGAGCAACUCGGUUGUGCCGGUGCAAACUACAUGCCGGGCAGUUUCGAGCGGCCCAAGCUAGGGUUUUGCUCUCCAGCUGCCGAGGCUGAAGUUGCUUCGGGCUUGAUGGUGGGUGGAUAUGGCGCCGGCUUUGGUCCUCAUCACGACGAGUUAUAUGACUUUCUGUACAACAAGUAUGGCUCGGUAGCCGGAGCGCAAGGCGGACAUAUUCCUCCGUUACCGGAGCUGCAGUGUCCGGGCGGCGCCGCCGCCGUCGUCAGUGCCGAUGAGAAGUUCUCGACGUGGACCGCGUCUUUCGAUUAUGGCGCGGCCGGGCAGCUCGGAAACUCCAUUAGUAGUCUGCAUGAUUACGUGUUAGGCAGCUAUGAUCAAUAAUAAUCACAGGGUUUUAUUUUGCUGUUGUAUGCUGCAGUACAGAGAGGUUUUUUAAUAAUAUUAUUUUA